CAGGCGGGCUUGCACGCCGGAGCGCUCAGCCCAGAAUUAGUGGAUCUAUUUGGAAUCUCCCUGCUUCCCCGAAGCUCAUCUGCUGUCGCCGGUUCGUGCACGGACGGUAGCGUCCACCCAGCGAAGCUGCACUUUGGGCUGCGGACACUCAGAGCCCGGUGCGCCCGCCCCGCGUCUCCGCACCAAGCCCCGCAGCUCCGAGAGGCAUGAACGCGAUCUGGAGGCGCCUGCCUAGCGCGCGGGGACCGCUCGCUGUUCACCGCCCUCGGGAGCAGACCUCGAACCCCUCCAGCCAUUAGUGAACCAAGAGGCUUGAAAUUCGCCCGCGCGGAGCCCCGCAAGAGAAAUUUCAAUGAGGACAGCCCAUGGAUCGUGGUCUUAGAAAAACUGCGUAGAUGAUGUCUGUUUCCUGUGCUGUAAACAGGUGGCAGGGCUGUAAGUAAAUGCUCGGCACCGCAUGAUGAAUUGGAUGGCUGCAGACCGGAGGCAAAAAAAGUAAUUGUCUCAUUUUCGUGGUGAUUUGCUUAACUGGUGGGACCAUGCCAGAACGGCUAGCGGAAAUGCUCUUGGAUCUCUGGACUCCAUUAAUAAUAUUAUGGAUUACUCUUCCCCCUUGUAUUUACUCGGCUCCGAUGAAUCAGUCUCCGGUUCUAAUGAGUGGAUCCCCAUUGGAACUAAACAGGCUGAGUGAAGAACAGCGGAUUUUGAAUCGUUCCAAAAGAGGCUGGGUUUGGAAUCAAAUGUUUGUCUUGGAAGAGUUUUCUGGACCUGAACCGAUCCUUGUUGGCCGGCUACACACAGACCUGGAUCCUGGGAGCAAAAAAAUCAAAUACAUCCUGUCAGGCGAUGGAGCUGGGACUAUCUUUCAAAUAAAUGAUGUAACAGGAGAUAUCCAUGCUAUAAAAAGACUUGACCGAGAGGAAAAAGCUGAGUACACCCUAACAGCUCAAGCAGUGGACUGGGAGACAAAUAAGCCUCUUGAGCCUCCUUCUGAAUUUAUUAUUAAAGUCCAAGAUAUCAACGACAAUGCCCCAGAGUUUCUCAAUGGACCCUACCAUGCCACCGUACCAGAGAUGUCCAUUUUGGGUACAUCUGUCACUAAUGUAACAGCUACUGAUGCUGAUGACCCAGUUUAUGGAAACAGUGCAAAGUUGGUUUAUAGCAUCUUGGAAGGGCAACCUUAUUUUUCCAUUGAGCCUGAAACAGCAAUUAUAAAAACCGCCCUUCCCAACAUGGACAGGGAAGCCAAGGAGGAGUACCUGGUCGUCAUCCAAGCCAAAGACAUGGGGGGGCACUCGGGGGGCCUGUCUGGCACCACAACGCUGACCGUGACCCUCACUGAUGUGAACGACAACCCUCCAAAGUUUGCCCAGAGUCUGUAUCACUUCUCGGUACCAGAAGAUGUGGUUCUUGGCACCGCCAUAGGAAGGGUGAAGGCCAAUGAUCAGGAUAUUGGUGAAAAUGCACAGUCGUCAUAUGACAUCAUUGAUGGAGAUGGAACAGCACUCUUUGAGAUCACUUCCGACGCCCAGGCCCAGGAUGGCAUUAUAAGACUGAGAAAGCCUCUGGAUUUUGAGACCAAAAAAUCCUAUACACUGAAGGUAGAGGCGGCCAAUGUCCACAUUGACCCGCGUUUCAGCGGCAGGGGGCCCUUUAAAGACACUGCGACGGUCAAAAUUGUCGUCGAAGACGCUGAUGAGCCUCCCGUCUUCUCUUCACCGACUUACCUCCUGGAAGUGCAUGAAAACGCUGCUCUCAACUCCGUGAUUGGGCAGGUGACCGCUCGUGACCCCGACAUCACCUCCAGUCCAAUAAGGUUUUCCAUCGACCGGCACACUGACCUGGAGAGACAAUUCAACAUUAAUGCUGAUGACGGGAAGAUAACGCUUGCAACACCGCUGGACAGAGAAUUAAGCGUGUGGCACAACAUAACAAUCAUUGCUACCGAAAUCAGGAACCACAGUCAGAUAUCCCGAGUACCUGUUGCUAUUAAAGUGCUGGAUGUCAAUGACAACGCCCCUGAAUUCGCAUCCGAAUAUGAGGCAUUUUUAUGUGAAAAUGGAAAACCCGGCCAAGUCAUUCAAACGGUGAGUGCCAUGGACAAAGAUGAUCCCAAAAAUGGACAUUAUUUCUUAUACAGUCUUCUUCCAGAAAUGGUCAACAAUCCGAAUUUUACCAUCAAGAAAAAUGAAGAUAAUUCCCUCAGCAUUUUGGCAAAGCAUAAUGGAUUCAACCGCCAGAAGCAAGAAGUCUAUCUUUUACCAAUCAUAAUCAGUGACAGUGGGAAUCCUCCUCUGAGCAGCACUAGCACCCUAACCAUCCGGGUCUGUGGCUGUAGCAGUGAUGGCGUUGUCCAGUCUUGUAAUGUAGAAGCUUACGUACUUCCGAUUGGACUCAGUAUGGGCGCCUUAAUCGCCAUAUUAGCGUGCAUCAUUUUGCUGCUAGUCAUCGUGGUGCUGUUUGUAACUCUGCGGCGACACAAAAACGAGCCACUUAUUAUCAAAGAUGAUGAAGAUGUGAGAGAAAAUAUCAUUCGCUAUGAUGACGAGGGAGGAGGGGAAGAAGACACAGAGGCUUUUGACAUUGCAACUUUACAGAACCCAGAUGGAAUUAAUGGAUUUUUACCCCGUAAAGAUAUUAAACCAGAUUUGCAGUUUAUGCCAAGGCAAGGGCUUGCGCCAGUUCCGAACGGUGUUGACGUGGAUGAAUUUAUAAACGUGCGGCUACACGAGGCAGAUAACGACCCCACAGCCCCACCAUAUGACUCCAUUCAGAUUUAUGGCUAUGAAGGCCGAGGGUCCGUGGCUGGCUCGCUCAGCUCUUUGGAGUCCACCACCUCAGACUCGGACCAGAAUUUUGACUACCUCAGUGACUGGGGUCCCCGCUUUAAGAGACUGGGCGAACUCUACUCUGUCGGUGAAAGUGACAAAGAAACUUGACAGUGGAUUAUAAUAAAUAAAUCAAAGGGACCUGAGCAUUCUGUAAUAUUCUAGGGUCACUCCCCUUAGAUACAACCAAUGUGGCUAUUUGUUUUAGAGGCAAGUUUAGCACCAAUCAUCUAUAAACUCAACUACAUUUUACUGUUGAACCAAAAA